AUGUACUCCAAAUACUCUCAAUUGAUAACCAGUAGAACUCUAAUUUGUACAAGAAAGAGUCUUCUGUGCAGAACUGUACCUGAAUCAUUUCCUUUUCAAUGUAAAAGAUCUGAAAGAAAAUGGCAAUGCUUAAAGCUGCAAACAGCCUGUUUCCAUACAACUCAAAAACUACAUUCUCCUGGAUUAAUAAUUCUUUGUCUUGGCUCUAUUUUAUGUGGCCGUUUUAUAAGGAAACGAUGGAUGACUAUGUCUCCAAUAAAACAAGAAAUGUUUAUAAGAUGGUAUAUGCAAAGAAGACGUAUUAUCAAUGGUUGCUUGAUGGGUCUAUCUAUUGCCUUACCUAUUUAUUGUUUGACAUGUUUCAAAAGAGAUCCCGUAGUGAAAGCUCCACGUUUUAUAUUAAUUGAUGGAGCUAAACGAAUUACAUAUUCUAAAUUUGUGUAUUCAUUGAUAGUAAGGAAUAAAGAAAAUGUGGUACCAUUCAGAAAUCCAAUGUAUACAAGAGUUACUAGAGUACUAAACAAUUUGGCACGUGCAAAUAAAGAAAUAUUUAAGGACUCUACUCCUUGGAAUGUCACCAUAAUUUAUCGUAUAUUUAAUGAAAUAUCAGCUCCCAAUGUCUUAAUUUUACCAGACAGGAGUAUUAUUGUUCUUGCUGAUAUUUUUAAGUUUAUCAAAAAUGAUGAUCAGCUGACAAUUAUUUUAGCCCAUGAAAUGGCACAUGAAAUACUCUAUCAUGUAGCACAAACGUUAUCUAUAGGACUAUUAAGGGUCUAUUUAACUGUUAUACCAACAUUGUUUAUUUGGAUAUUUUACCCCACAAGGGUAGCAAUAAGGCUUUCUUUAUUUCUGUAUAUACUUACUUCACUUAUUUUCUCUUGGUUUAAAAGAAGUUGUGAAAGGGAGGCAGAUGAAAUUGGACUUCAAUUAGCUGCAAAAACUUGUGUUGAUCCGAGAGAGGCUCUAGUAUUAUGGGAGAUAAUGAAGACAUAUGAAGAUCUCAUUGGAUCUUCAAAAUUUCAACUAUCACUUUUUAUGGAUCAUCCCAGUUUCGAAGAACGGCUAUUGAGAACCAUCGAACUACUGCCUAAGUACAACAAUUUAAGGAACCAAGCUGAGUGUCCUGAAUUACCAAUACGUGAUCCACGAGAUCGUCUGCCGCAGUACAAGAAAGAAAUCGAAAGGAAAUUUCGAAAAAAUCCAAGAUUUUAAGC